UUUUGGUUCAAGGCGACUGUAGUUACUCAAAGUGGAACUCUCCCUCACUGCUCCCCUGUCGGCAGAGGAUUUUAAACUAAACUUUAUACAACCCUUUAACUCCUGAGCUAAAGGCAUUGAGCCAGAACUGCAAGUUUUUUUCAAGAACCAGCAAAAACAAAAAAAAUCCUCCACAAGGUAACGCGGGGGUAGCGAACGAAACCGCAUGGCCAUGGUUCACUGUGGGUGAGACUGCGAGGGGAGAGCUGCAGUUUUCCAAACAGGCUGCUGGAGGAGACAUAAAAUUGGAAGGGAAGAUGGCAACCUGCUACUAUAACGAAACAAUGAACUUUUUCUACAAUCUCACAAGUCGCUCGAGAGAAAAUAAAUUGAAGGGCAGCUAUUACCUUGGUCUGGGCUUUGGUAUAGUUUGCUGCCUGUUUAUCUUCCUGUCUAAUACCAUGAUCAUAAUUGCUGUGGUACGCAACCGACGUUUCCAUUUCCCUUUCUUCUACCUGCUUGCCAAUCUCGCAGCUGCUGACAUUUUUGCCAGCCUGGCCUAUGUCUUCCUGAUGUUUAAUACGGGUCCAGUUUCGAGAACACUGUCAGUGCACCGUUACCUACUGCGCGAGGCGCUGCUGAACGUGAGCUUCUGUGCAUCACUGUACAGCCUACUGGUAAUCGCGAUCGAACGCUACCUUUCUGUCAUCAAGAUGAGGCUCCACAGCAGCCUGUCAAAACGACGGGUCACUCUCCUGGUCCUGGUCAUCUGGGGAACUGCUGUCUUCAUGGCCACCAUCCCCAACAUGGGGUGGAAUUGCAUCUGUUACAUCAGCACCUGUUCGUCACUGGCUCCCGUUUACAGCAGGAGUUUCCUGAUAUUCUGGGCUUUAUUCAACCUCUUCACACUUGGCUUUGUUGUAAUAAUAUAUCUGCGGAUUUAUAUCUACGUCAGAAAGAAAACCUUGAACUUGAUGUCUCACACCACUGGCUCCAUCAAACGCAACAAGAUGCCUAUGAAGCUAAUAAAGACUAUUGUGACUGUUCUGGGUGCUUUUGUUUUUUGCUGGACUCCUGGGCUGGUGGUGGUCCUUUUGGAUGGUCUUUGCUGCUCCACCUGCAAUCUGUUGAGUGUGAAGAUUUGGGUCCUUCUGCUGGCCUUGACCAACUCUCUGAUGAACCCAAUCAUUUACUCCUACAAGGAUUCAGACAUGUGGCAUGUGAUAAAGCAAAUGCUUUGUAUGGCCUGUAAGAACAAAAUUGAAGUGGAGCAAGAUACACUGAAGUCCACCACACACCGGCAAAGCGUUGUCUCUGAAAACACCGACUUGAGCAUCAGUCACUCUCAGCUUCAGGUGAAACCCUGAAAAAUUCCGGCCCUUUGCCAAAUCAACUCAUGGCAUUGUGUGCAAGACUGGCUCGGUGAUUCUGAGUGUGUGGAGACCUGUCAACAAGCUUCUUAUUUGACCCAAAGGACAAUGGAAACUUCACAAGAUUUUUACUGAACCUAUUCUGCAGUUGCAGUUGAAAUUUAGUAAUAGGGUGCGGAAUCUAUCAUUUUGUUAAAUUAGUGUCAGGACGCUGCCAGGCCAGCAACUUCUGUCUUAGUUCCUGAUAUACAGCAUCUGCAGUUCUUUCGGUUCUUACUUGGUAUCAGGAACCUGUUGUGCUCUCGAUAAAUGAAGACGUCAUUUUAUUUCUGAAAGCGACUUCGUCGAUAAGUGUUACAUGUUUAUCAGUACUUGUGUGGAACACUUAGUCAGCUUUUUGUAACUCGAAGACAGUUGCGAAUUUUUACCACCAGGCUUGUUCAGGUGGACUGCUUGUUAAAAAGAAAUACUUUUCUCAAAUUGUUUAGGUUUAACCUACAAAGCAGAAAAUCUUUCAGUCGGUUACGCAGAGGAACAUUCUUCAAAAUGAUCCCUGGCCUCCAGCAGAAAUGUGAGAAACAGUUGGGACACAGGACAAAA